AUGUUUGCUCUUCGUCGUGCUGCUAUCAAGGCUGCUCCUCUUGCUGCCCGUUCCACCGUUAGACCCUUCUCUGUUUUGGGUGCUCGUUUCUCUGGUGCCGUUGGUCACAGUGCCGAGACCAAUAUGGGUCCUGGUGGUAAGGCCGGUGAGGUCCCCACUGAUCUUGAGCAAGCUACUGGUUUAGAGCGUCAAGAAUUGCUCGCCAAGCUCGAGGGUAAGGAACUCUUUGAUAUGGAACCCUUGAACAUGACACACAUUGGUACACCCAAGAACCCCAUUGUCGUUCAAUCUCAUGAUCCUAUCCGUUUCGUUGGUUGUACUGGUUUCCCCGUUGAAUCUCAUGAUGUUAUUUGGAUCAACUUGGACAAGUCUCACGAACACGACCGUUGUCCCGAGUGUGGUUCCGUUUUCAAGAUGGAUUUCGUUGGUUCUGAAGAGGAUCAUCACCAUUAA